AUGGCGACCAAGAAGAAUCGAGGCACCUAUAGAGCACAGGGAAUCGAUAUCAACACCACCGAAGACGAACUUACGGCUGCGCUCGAGGACCAGCUUACAAGUGACGAGAAAGGAAGAUAUGAAUUCGAUACACGUCUGGCACCAUUCUGCAUCGAACCACAAUCGUCUCAGAUUGCAACUUUCAGAGUCACGAGUGCUCCCUUCGUAACAUCUGGGGCAGAGACCAGAGUCACACCGUUAACGUCCGAGACGCCAUCCUUUUUGGAGAGAGAGAGACCGUCGCUUGAUCUUCGCGGGAGAACUAUACAGAUUGAUUCCGACUUCUAUGGACUCACUCAGUUAUAUCAUGUUCCGGAAGAUAAAAUAAAAAUUGAUAUUGUCGCGCUCUCGGGACUAAACUCUCAUGCUUACGGAUCAUGGAUCGGACCACAAAGUGGGGAUUGGAAACCAAUGUGGCUUCAAGAUUUCCUCGGCCAAGACAGGCAGUUAAAAUACUGUCGAACAAUGGUAUUCGGGUAUGAUACGAAAUAUGGCUCGAAGGCGCAAUUUUGGAUCGAGGACUACGUCAACAUCCUUUUGACGGAAUUAAAUAAAGCUCGGAGACGUGAAGAGGAGCGAAAGAGGCCACUGGUUUUUAUGGGCCAUAGUUUCGGCGGCACCAUUGUGACACAUGCAUAUGUAACAGCGUCUGAAGAUGAAAAAUAUACAGACCUCUACGAAGCAAUAACUAACAUAUUUUUCUUCGGAGUACCCUUCGCGGGUAUCAAGCUUGACGAUGUUCGAUCAAUGUUGGAGGACAACGAGGAGCUUUCGGACCAAUGCCGCUGGAUCGAUGGGCAGGGACGUGAAUUGGUUAACUACAUCGAUUACGAAACAGCAAGGUUGACUAAAACCACCCGAACGUUCAUGAAAAAGGUUCCAGAAAAUCGAACGUAUAUUCACUCAUUCUAUGAAACACACAAGACACCGGAGGUUAUCAAGCUCGAAAACGGAGAUUUUGCGCGACGUGGAACCCCCAAAUUAAUAGUCCAAGAAAGGUCUGUGGAGCUGGGAAUCACAGAUUUCGAAGAAACGAUGGCGGCGGAAGCGGACCACUCGACGAUCAUCAAAUUGAGUAGCCCGCAAGAUAAAACAUAUACGACCGUCCGCGAUCGUCUUAGGGAAACAUUGCAAAGAUUGGAAAGCCCAGUUAAAGCGCGUGUCAAACGGCUAUUGAUGGGCCCUGAGGCUGUAAAGAUGGCGCGGGACCCCAAGACGCGGAACAAAAAUAUCACUCAGGUCUAUCAGACCCUUACUAUAGGCCAAUCGAUACAAAUUGAGAAAGUCAGUCGAAAACUGGACUUCGGGGCCCUUCCCACCGCUGAGGGAGCAGAAUACGGUAGUUUCAAAGACCAACAUGAACCAAAAUGUUUACCGAACACUCGAGUCCAGCUCCUCAAAGAUAUCGAAAAUUGGGUAGAAGAUCCGCAAGGGCACUGUAUUUUCUGGCUGAACGGUGUGGCUGGGACUGGGAAGUCUACUAUUUCCCGAACUGUUGCAAAACAAUUAGAAGAUAAAAAAUUUCUUGCGAGUAGUUUUUUUUUCAGAAGGGGUGAGAAAGACAGAGGGGAUGCUUCGAAAUUUUUUACGACUCUAGCAACCCAGCUGGCCGACUACAUCAACGAUAUUGUUCCGAGUAUACAAAAUGUAAUCGAGCAGUACCCACAGAUUACAACCGCGAACCACAGAGAGCAGUUCAAUCAGUUGAUCUUCAACCCCCUUUCGGAAUUGACCGAUGCCUCACAAAAAUUUCAACAACCACCCUUACCGACCAAAGCCGUUUUGGUGAUUGAUGCGUUAGACGAAUGUGACCGCGAACAAGAUCAAGAGCUCAUCGUUUCUCUUUUGGCAAAGCUAGGGGAAAUCAAGUCUAUCAAGAUAUAUAUUUUCCUAACGAGCCGCCCGGAACUACCGCUAAGAAUUAGUUUUGAAAAGUUGCCUGGGAACAUGCAUCGAGAUCUGAUUUUGCACAAGAUUCCCGGAAUUCAGGAAGAUAUCGCGACGUUCUUGGAAUUCGAGUUCGCUAAAAUCAGAGACUUGUAUUUGUUGCCACUUGAAUGGCCUGGAAGCGAGAAAAUCGGUAAAUUAGCGGCAAUGGCUGUGCCAUUAUUCAUUUUCGCUGCUACCGCUUGUCGCUUUAUUGCGGACACAGACCCCGAAGAACAAAUCGAGAUAGUAAUGAGCUAUCAAUCAAAUUGGCACACAUCCCAAUUGGAAGCGACCUACUUACCGAUAUUACAUCGACUGAAACAAAAGGCAAUCUUGUAUCAAACACUGAUAACAGACUUUCAGCAAAUCGUCGGGACGAUUAUAAACCUGGCCAGCCCAAUGCCUAUUCCAUCGCUGUCGAAGUUCUUAGUGAUCCCGGAAAGAAAAGUUAGGAGUAGAUUACGGCAACUACACUCCGUCCUCGACGUCCCAAAGCCUUCAUCCGGAUUAGCUACACAAACUAAUAUCAAUGCUCCCAUCAGGAUACUACAUUUAUCCUUUCGAGAUUUUCUCUCGGGAGAGACCCUUCUAGAUAAUGUCGAGUUUCGUGACUUCUGGAUAGACGAAAAGGAAGCUCACAGAAACAUUUACAGGAAAUGCAUUGAACUCAUGUCGAAACACCUGAAAAAGAACAUCUGCAAUCUGAGAGUACCUGGAAUAUUUCGAUCUGAUAUCGAUGAAAACCUCAUUACGAAGCACUUGCCGACUGAAAUUCAAUAUUCUUGUCGAUAUUGGGUAUACCACUUGGAACGCAGCAAGGAUAAGGUCAAGGAUGGCGGUAUCGUCGAUGUAUUUCUCCGACAACAUACUCUCCACUGGGUUGAGGCCAUUGGUUUGUCUGGAGAGAUGAAAGCAAUGGUGUACAUAAUAGAUGCUCUGAAGGCUGCAGUAGAUAGCGAGAAUACAUCAGCUUUAAUUUACGACAUACAACGAUUCGUGCGCCAAAAUCAAACUAUUAUCAACAGGGCACCCUUACAAGUGUAUUGGUCUGCGCUUCCCUUUGCACCGAAUAAAAGCGUUCUAAAAUCUAUUUUUGACCCACGGGCGAUAAUCCCAGAGGUAGAGCUGACGCGAUCAUCUAUUGUUCAAGAACAGUGGAGCGCCGUAUUACAGACACUGGAGGGACAUAGAGAGUUUGUGACGAGCCUUGCAUUCUCCACCAACGGUGGAUUGCUGGCUUCGGGGUCAUGGGAUUGUACAAUCAGGAUUUGGGAUGUCGCUACGGGAGCUCUGCUACAUAUAUUUAGGGACCAUAAGGAUUGGGUUCGAGAUGUUAUAUUUUAUACUACUGAAGGGGACGAGUUUGUGGCAUCGGCAUCGAAUGACAGGACAGUCAGGCUUUGGAGCGUGGCUACUGGUGUGCUAGUACAGACGCUGGUAUACAGAGGCCAGAUAAUAGCGCUCGCAUCUACUAAACAUGGCAAUACGGCCGUACUCGCAUCAGCAUCAGAUGACAGACAAGUCAGGAUCUGGGACGUGGCCGAUGACGCUUUAGUGCGGGUUCUAGAAGGACACAAAGGAUGUGUUAACACAGUAGCGUUCUCAGGUGAUGGUAAAAUACUGGCCUCGGGGUCGGACGACAAGACGGUUAGAAUUUGGGAUGCGAUUACUAGAAUGUUUUUGCACAAGCUAGAAUUUAACGAUAGCGUCGAACGGAUUACGUUUUCGACUGACAUCAGCAUUUUAGCGAUCGUAGUUUGGGGUGGAAUAGUCGGAAUUGCAGACGCGGUUACAGGUGUUUUGCUGCGGAUGCUGAGCCCAGAUAUAGGUAGCAUUGUUGGUAUGAGGUUUUCCACAGACGAGAGAAAGCUGGUGUUGGCGUCGGAGGCAGGCACGAUCCAGGCUCUGGAUGUGGCUACUGGUGCCGUAGUAGAAGAAUACGAUGGGAGUACCCCGAAUUAUGACUUUUCGAGUGUUGCACUGUCUAAGAAUGAAGGAAUUCUAGCAUUGGCGGAGGAUGGCAGACUAAGGAUCAUGGAAAUGCGAAUUGAGAGCUCAUUAUCAGGCUCGCAAAAAUCUGGUACUGCCGGAGUUUGGGGGCUUGCUAUUUCUGAUGAUGGUAAAACACUUGCUUCGGUACAGAAGAAUUCGGACGUUAGUGUGUGGGACCUGGCUACCGGGGACCUGCGAUGGACGAUGAAAAUAGAUCGGGGGCAUUCUAACUGGAAGGUCGCUGUUUCUUCUGAUGGCAAACUUGUAGCACUGGAUUUGUCUCAUAGUCAUUCGAUCGUGGUUUGGAACACAAUUACCGGAGACCAACUUCAAACGCUCCGGGUGGAUUCCCGGCCCAACUGUAUUGUGUUUUCUCCGAAUGACGAAAUGAUUGCGUCAGCGGCGUGGAGCAUCCAAAUCUGGAACACGUCGACAUGGGAGCUACUACAUGUUUUGCGGGAACACUGGGGGGCUGUUAACCAGAUUGCAUUUUCUCCUGAUAGCAAAACACUCGCAUCGGCGUCAGAUGAUCGCACGGUCAGAGUCUGGGACCUGGCUACUGGAAUUUUGUUGCAAAUACUAAACAAACAUAGCGAUUUGGUUACGGGUGCUGCGUUCUCCGGUGAUGGCAAGUUGCUGGCAUCGGCAUCCGUAGACCACACAAUCCAAAUCUGGGAUGUGGCCACUUGCAAUUCAUAUUGGGCUCCACAGCAGAAAUUCUCUACAAAAUUUAAACCCGGUUGGAUAUCCUUUUCGAAGGAUAACCGAUAUAUCAUCACCCGAGGUACUGACGGUGAGCGAUCAAUGGGUGGUUCGGGCUGGGGAGAGGCUCCUUUACCUGCCGGGUGA